AUGGAUAGGCCCAAACAAGAAGACCUGAUAGAGAUCCAGAACAACGAACGCUUGGUUAUUGAAUCUAUCUACGGGGAAGAUGCAACCUUUCCCGAAAAAGCUUGGAAGGUUAUUUAUUGAUUAUUUAAUUAAUUGAAAAAUUUUUGCAGGUCUGGAACCCCUUGGACGUGAAAAUCCGGCUGGAAGCGCUGUCCACAGGCCAAGAGUCGGAGAAUGAAAAUAAAAAGCCGGUUGGCCUGGAUUUGCGGGUCAUUUGUGACAAUGAUUAUCCUUACAGGUGAAACUACCUGAGAUUUCAAAAAAAUAGAUUUUUUCAGCAUUCCCCGCUUCGAAUUCUCCAACAUAAGCGCCGUUUCUCAAGAUUGUUUGAAGAAAUUGCGAGAUAAACUGACGGAAAAGGCUAAAAAUUUAAAAGGAACGGUAGGAAUGAGGAAAAUUUGAAAAGAAUUGAAAUAAAUAUUCAGGAAAUGGUCCAUGAACUCUGCCAGUUGGUCCGCGAAUACUUGGCCGAGCAGAAAAUCGUCCCGGCCGGAUCUUUCCACGACAAAAUGAUGAAGGAGAUUGAGAAGAACGAGAAUGAGAUCAUGGUUUUGAAUCUGAAAUAAUAUUCUGGUACUUGAGGAUGUAUUUUGAAUCUGAAAUAAUAUUUUGGUACUUGAGAAUGUAUUUUUUUCGUGUUUUUUUCUUUAAAAUUUGGCUUUUUUUCUGAAUUUGUUCCUUAUUAAUUCAAGUUUAUAUAGCUUUUAAAAAAAUUUUUAGAACAAUUUUUUUCAAAAUUUAAAAUUCCAAAGUUCAUUUUUGAAGUUCUAGGUAUUUUUUUAAACAGCGUUUCCUACCUUUAUUUCAGAAUUUCCUUGCUGAAAAGUUGGUUUUCAAUGAAUUAAACUGAUUAUUUAAAGUUUACGCUUCCCUAAAAACAUUAAUUUUCCUUAAGAUUUGAAAAAAAGGAUUUUUCGGUUUUUUUAAACCGUUAUAUUUCAGAGAAAACGAGCCGAUAGUGAACGGAAAGAAGUCGAAUGGGCCGAAGAACGGGAAAGGAUAAAGAUAGAAAAUCAACUACAACGAGAAGUUGAGCUUGGAAGACAGCAAACGGCUAGAAUUGUUAGUUUUUUGAAGAAAAAUGAUUGGAAAAUUGUUUUACAAGCUAUUUUUGGAGAAAAAGUGGCUCUUGAAAGCCCCAUUAUGACUCGGAAAAAUUGGAUGAUUGGUGGAUAAUGGCCGCAGAAAGGCAGCAAAAAGAGCCCGAGCCAUUUUUCUGUGAUUUUAAAGGCUCAAGAAAUGGUGGAGAAAGGCAGCAAAAAUGGUGCAUAACAGCAGAUGAAUUGGUGCAAAAAGGCAGCAAAAAGGAACCUUUUUCGUCUUUUCCUAUGGAGGCAUCAUGUUAAAAAAUUUUAUUAGAAUCAGAUUUCAAAAGAAAAAUACUAUAAACACUCAAAAAACAUUUCAGGAACCUUUUUGAAACAUUUUAGGAACCUUUUUGAAACAUUUCAGGAACUUUUUUAAAGCAUUUUAGGAACCCUUUCGAAGCAUCGUAGGAACCUUUUUGAAAAAUUUUGGGAACCCUUUUUAAGCAUUUUAGGAACCCUUUUGAAGCAUUUCAGGAAUAUUUUUGAAACAUUUUAUGAACCUUUUUGAAACAUUUUAGGAACCCUUUUGAAGCAUUUUAGGAACCUAUUUGAAGCAAUUUUCGAAAUAUUUUAGGAACCCUUUUGAAGCAUUUCAUGAACCCUUUUGAAGCAAUUUUCGAAAUAUUUUAGGAACCCUUUUGAAGCAUUUCAUGAACCCUUUUGAAGCAAUUUUCGAAAUAUUUUAGGAACCUUUUUGAAACAUUUUAGAAAUUUUUUUGGGUUAAGAAUAAAAGUUCUAAGAAUGGUAAUUUAGGAAGGCGAAUUUCGAAUGAUUGCUGGACGAAGGGUCGUUGUUCUGGCCAAUAUUCCGGUAAAAAGGAAGAAGCUUCACCGAUUCUGUCGCGAGUGGAUGGGUUUCUGUGAUGUUCGUUUUGAAAACUUCUUUUGAAUAUUGAAUUUUUUUCACUGAAAGCCGAUCAUUUGGCCAAAUAGAGUCUUUUUUUCGAUUAUUUUUUUGUUUGAAAAAUCUCUCUCAAAAAAAUUCUUGUCGAAGAGUUGAAAGUCAUCAUUUUUCUUAAUAAAGUUCGUUUGGUGGUAUUUUUAUUUUUUUAAUUCUUUUAAAAAAAGAUUUUUUUACAAGGUUUAGAAGCCCCCUUUACCAUAAAUUUACAUGAAAUGUGUAGCUUAAUCAUAAAUUUUUUUCUAUUCUUUUUCUUUUAACGAACUUAGAAAAAAAUGCUUUGAAGGAUUUUUUUGAAGAUAAAAAUCAAAGUUGUUCUUUAAAAACCAUAAGUUUUUAGUUUCAAUACAGUUCUUGGCAUAAAAAGCCUAAAAAAAUUUCCUGUGAUUUGAUUUUUUUAAAUUCAGAACUAGUGCAAAAAAAUCAAGAAAAAAAGUCAUUAUUGAUUCUAUCCACGUUUCUUUUAAAGAAAUUAAUGUGAUGAAAAUUGAUAAUUUCUCUUGCUUUCGGUUUUUUUAGCUUUUUAAAAUAAUUUUUUUCGUUUUUUUCCUGAAAUAUUUCUCGAAAGAAGAAAAGCUAUCCAUUUUUUUAAAAAUAUCUUUAAAGUUCAUGUUUUUUUGUAGAUUUUUCUGUCUUGAAGGUAGCUUUUUUUGCCUUUUUUUCAGAACGAACAAUUAUUAAUUUCCGAAUGGACAUUCCGAUACACAGCCAACAGGAACCUGGCGGAGGCUGAAAAACGGUGUUUUGCUGGAUUUUUGAGGUAUUUUUGAAGUUUUUAAGUGAAGAUUUAAAUCGAUUUUUUAAAUGACGUUACCGUUUCGAAAUCCGAUUAUUUGCCAAUUUUUAAACGUUGAGGUUGAUCUGAUUAAAGGUUUAAAGGUAGAUAAUAAUUUUUUUUUGAUCUUUUAGGCUUUUUUUGUUUCGUUAUUCUUUCAGUUUAGCUCUUAUCUUGAAUAUCUUAAUUUUUCCCUCCGUAUUUUCAAAUUUUCCUAUUUUCCGACGCCUUGACGCUGCCUUGGACGAACUGAACGCCUUGUGUGAACUCCCAAGUGUCGAUCCGAACCUCGUUGGAUACGCAUUUAUCCAUUCCCAGAAGAUUUCUACUUCCGAUUCGAAUUUUAAUGUUCAGGUGGACAUUUGGAAGAUUUUCAUUUGAAAAAUUUUUUUGAAUAUUUUAGGUUUUUGUCGCCCAAAGACUGUUCCCUGACGAGGAAAAUCUGACGAGUGUCUAUCAUGUCGUUGCUACAAAUGUGAGAUUUCAUCGAUUCAGAAAAAAAAAAAUCCAUUUUAAAUGGAAAAAUAGCCUUUUUGAAAGGAACUGGAAAGUCAACUGGAUUCUUUGAAACGAAGAAAACUUGGUUUAUUUCAUUUUGAGCUCGGAAUUUUUUGGAAACCAGUAGACACAGGCAAAGUCAAAAAGACCUUUAAAAAAGAGCCGAAAGCUCCUUUUGGGUUCCUAAAAAGGUGUCAAAAUUUUCUCUGAAUCUCCUUUUUUGUCACCUUUUCUCACCUUUUUUCUUCAAUCUCCUUAAAAGGUCCAUUUUUUCCAGAAGUCCUUUUGGAUUUUGCCCGUGGGAGAAGCUCUAAAAAAUUCCAUCCAAACUGGAAAAUAUUUUUCAUCGAUAACCAACCUUUUUCUCACCUAAUAUACCCUUCUUUUCGCAACAAAAAUCAAUUUUCUUUAACUAAUUUUUAUAUUUUUACUUUUUUCUCAUUCCAUAGGCUUCCUGCUUCUAGAAUGUUUAUUUCGAUUAACAAAAGUUGAAUUUUGAUUAUUUCUGACUGAUGGAUGUUGCCAAUUCUUUGAUAAUUUCUUUCUUAAGGUUUGACCUUAGGAAUAGAAAAAAUAGAACUAUUGUUGAAGCUUGAGUUUCAUGAAAUUUUCUUGUUUUUUUCGCCUUUCAGUAAGAUUUUUUUCCAACUAUACCUGUUUAUUUUUUUCAAAAGGUAAGUUUUAGGUGGUAUGAAAAAAAGACCAGCGAAAAUUCAAACGGCGACUUUUCCGAUUUUUCCAUAUCGCUAGGGAACUUUCCGACGGAUCCCUUUUCUUUUUCGGUUUAUAAAACAUCUAUUACCUUCUUUUUUCCUAUUUCUUUGUUUUUUAAUCAUGAAUAACUAGUCUACUUUAUAUGGAUGUUUCAAAACAAAGAGUUUAUUUAGAAAAAAAAGUCGGAAAGGUGGCCGUCGGAAAGUUUCCUACCGAUAUGAAAAAAUCGCCGUUUGAAUUUUCACUGGUCUUUUUUUCAUACCACCACGAAUUAGAUCAUACUUGGGCAAGUACAGAACUCAAUUCGUCCAGACGGACAGACGGACAGGCUGGCUUUCAAAAAUUGACCAAAAUACCGAGUAAAAAUGAUUAAUAAGCUCAGGGGGCAUUCUUGACAAAAAAAAAAGAAGUCUCAACUCCAGGGAGGUAGUCAUGAUUUUAACUUGUGAUAUCUUGGGAGAAAAUGCCUGCUCAAGUAUGAAUUUGAUUUUGAAUAAAUUUUUUCAAGGGAAGUUUGAUGCGGAGACUGGCCGCCCAGGCCGUCUGUGCCCUUCGUUGGCUUCACGAGCAGCAAUUAUCUCAUUCGGCGGUUCUUCCUCACGCAGUCUGGCUCCGCGACAAUCUCUUCCGAUUCUCCGAUUUUGGAACUUUGUUAGCUUUUUUUUCAAACUGAUAUAGAAUUUAUAUGCUCCUCUUAACUUUUUGCGAUUUUUUCUUCGGUGGUGUGAAAAAAAGACCAGCGAAAAUUCGAACGAAGACUUUUCCGAUUUUUUCAUAUCGCUAGAGAACUUUCCGACAAAAUUUUUUCCGACUUUUUUUCUCGAUUAACUCUUUAUUUUAAAUCUUCUUAUAUAAAGUGGACAAGUUAUUCAUGUUUUUAAACACAAAGAAAUAGGAAAAAAAUGUUAAUAGAUGUUUCAUAAACCGAAAAAUAUAAGGGAAAAAUGUCGGAAAAUUCGCUGUCUUUUUUUUCACCUUUUCUUCGCCUUAACGAUGAAAAAAAGAUCCUUUAGAAAAAGCUAAAAUAUUUCAAAUUUUUCAGAGAAAAAAACUAACCUCUCUCUGUGAAUUCUUCUCCACAAUAGUCUCUGGAAAACAACAAGCUCAUCCGGAAACCGAAGAAAAAGAGAAAAAAUCGACCCCGAGAAAAAAAGACCUCUUCCAAUUGGGAAUUCUACUCGAUGGACUAUCUAUUGAGGCUUGUAAAACUCAUAUUUACUCCUAAAAACUCAAAUUUUCCAGGGACAAGAAUCGCAUUUUUCCCGCGCACCCACCCCUUCCAUUGGAAAUACGGAUGCUGCGACUCAAUUGGCCAGUUUCGUGACCAAAUGCCAGGAGGCCAAGAAUAUUGACCAACUGGUCGAGGAUCCUUACUUGAUUCAAGGUGAGGGGGAUUUUAAAUUCAAACAUUUUUUCACGAUCUUAGUGAAUAUUUAUAACUAUUAUCUGUUUUUAUAGUGCCAUAAAAAAAAAUUUAGGGUUGUCUAAGCUAUUUCGGAACGAGGAAAAAUUGGGAAUUAUUUUUUAAAAAAAUUUAAUUUUUAAGAAUUUCAGAACUUUCACUAUAAGAACAUUUUUUUGGGCUGAAAAGGAAUUUUUUUCCAUUUUUUUAUCAAAUUUCGAUUUUUUUGGAAAGAGAAACCGCAAUUUCCUUUUUUUACAGGAUUUUUUUCAAGGAGUUGAAAUUUUGACAUUAUUUGACAUUUGAUAUGCUCCAGAAUAGUUAUAUUAUAACUUUAACAGAAAGAAUUUAAAAAAAGAAAUCGAGUUAUUUUUUUCACUCGUUUAGAGAGGUGUCUUUAGGUGCAUUAGGUUUGAAACAAAGAAAAAAAAAAUUAAUUUGCAGCGCCAAAAUAUUUUUUUAAAUCAAGAAGUGAUUUCCAUUUUUUGUAGUGCCUCAAAGAAAAGCGUUCCAUGAAUUUGGCAGCUCCUAAAUUUUUUUUUGACUUUCAUCAAGAUUUGGCAGUCUCUAGGAGUCAAGCUUUUUAUAAAAUUGGCAGCGCUUCAAUUUGAAAAAAAAUUUGAUCCUCGGAAAAUCAGCCAGAAUAUUUUUUCAAUGCGCCAGAGGCAGACCCGGAAGCCUCAACCCGCAAGAUUUUUUCUUUUUUAAGGAAUGAAGGCUCGAAAUAGUUUUUUUCGACCGGAUUUUUAAUGAUAGUUUUUCUAAUUUUUAGGGCAGUUAUUUAAAUUUGGCAGCGCCUGGAAUAAGUUUGAUUCGCGACUCAGUUCAAAAAAACUUUCAUGUGAAUAAAUUUUUUAUUGAUUUGAGAUUUUGUCUUCUUUUCUUUUGCAAAAGUAAGGUGAAAAAGUUUGAAAGCGCAAUAAAAAAAUCGGUUUUGAAUUCUUGCUAUCAAUUUCAUUCCUUCAAGAUGGUUCUAAAAAUUUCGAUGGUAUGAAAAAAAAGCCAGCGAAAUUUCAAAGAGCGACUUUUCCGAUUUUUUCGUAUCGCUAGGGAACUUUCCGACAACCACCUUUCCGCCAAAUCCCUUCCCGACUUUUUUUCCCUUAUAUUUAUCGGUUUAUGAAACAUCUAUCAACUUUUUUGCUAUUUCGUUGUGUUUUAAUCAUGAAUAACUUGCCUACUUUAUAUAGGAAGAUUAAAAACAAAGAGUUUAUCGAGAAAAAAAAGUCGAAAAAAAGUUCGGCGGAAAGUUCCCUAGCGAUAUGAAAAAAUCGGAAAAGUCGCCGUUUGAAUUUUUGCUGGUCUUUUUUUCAUACCACCAAAAUUUCAUCAAAAAAGUAACUUUGAACAUUCUCCAGUUCAGAUCUCCCAUUAUCCGGAUCAAACGAACAAUCUUCCCUGAUCGGCGGCGGAAUGGAUUCCCAUUGUAGGCUUAUGAAAGAGUUUUUCGUUAUUCGAAUGCUCGGAAAAGGCGGUUUUGGCGACGUCCUUCUUGCCAGGUUCUUCAGCUUCUCCUCCUUUUUCAAAGGUGUUUUCCAGAAAUAAACUGGAUAGUUCUGACUACGCAGUCAAGAGGAUCCCACUGAAUUCUGGGAACGAGCGGCUGAAUCGACGGAUUAAACGUGAAGCCAAGCUCUUCGCCAAACUCAAUCAUCCACACGUCGUUCGAUAUUAUAGGUGCGAUUUUUUCCAUUUGUCGGAUUGGAAAAACUUAACACGCUGUCUCUGUAAUUCUCAAAGACAACGGAUACAAUAAAAAAAAUAUUUUUUGAUUUUGAUGAAACUUCAUCCAGUGUGAUAGCCAAUCAUCAGAAAUGCGGACCCAACUUUUUGAGCCAUUUCCUCUUACUGUAGUCCGAUUACGGUAGGCAGGUGGGCACCUGCGUAUCUAAGUAUCGAAGAGUUUUUAUUAGUCAAGUGAUAUAAAAGAAUCGAUAGGUAACCCAAUUCUUUAAACUUUUACAGUACAUACCAUCUCGGGUUACUGUGGGAAAAUUUUGAGUUACGGUACUUUUUGCGUCUGCCGAGUCAGUUUUUCGGCCACCACGAGCUUGAGCCCGGAGAUCCAUUCUUCCUAACUUCUCAAAAGAUACCUUUUGAAUUGCUCUAGAAGCUCGGAGCGAUUUUGCAAAAUGAUGGUCGACCUAGGAUUUUUUUCAAACUGGUAUCAGCUUGUAGAGCAUUUCAAAAGGUAUCUUUUGAGAAGUUAGGAAGAAUGGAUCUCCGGGCUCAAGCUCGUGAUGGCCGAAAAACUGACUCGGCAGACGCAAAAAGUACCGUAACUCAAAAUUUUCCCACAGUAACCCGAGAUGGUAUGUACUGUAAAAGUUUCUAAAAUUGGGUUACCUAUCGAUUGAUAUAUCACUUGACUAAUAAAAACUCUUCGAUACUUAGAUACGCAGGUGCCCACCUGCCUACCGUAACCGGACUACAGUAAGAGGAAAUGGCUCAAAAAGUUGGGUCCGCAUUUCUGAUGAUUGGCUAUCACACUGGAUGAAGUUUCAUCAAAAUCAAAAAAAUUUUUUUUAUUGUACCCAUUGCUUUUAGAAAUUUUUGAGAAUACAGAGACAGCGUGUUAAACAUGAUCUUUGUCUUGUUCUAAAAUAGUUUUUGAAAAAUUUUGGUUUUAAAAUUUCCAGAAAAUUAGCUCAAAGUUACCUGAAACUUCACAAGAAUUAUCAAAGAGUGAGAAAAAGGUAGAAAAACAGGAAUGUCUGUCUGAAAAUGGUCUGGAAGUGCGCCAGACUCAGAACGGCUUGCGAAUGCGUCAGGUACAAGUUUUGAAGUUUCGAUUUAACACACGUUCUCCGAGAGAAUCUGCAAAAACAGUGGGCACAAAAAAAUUCAUGUCGCUUUUUUUGAGCUCAUAUUUUUAUCACAGCAACUACAAAUGUGUACAAAACUUUUGAACAAGUUUUUGUCAAGCUCCGCCCAUUUUGAGGAUUACUGUAGCGAAAAUACAAAAAAAAAAAUCAAAUUUUUUUCUCCGUCGUCCAAAUCGAAUGAAACUUUUUAUGAACGAAAACUAGUGACAAAGUAAACGUCUUUUGUAAACUGACUUGUUUUUGAAAAAAUGUUUUUUACCCUGAAAAAAAAUUGAUUUUCAUUGGAAAUCGUGAAUUUUUUCUCCGCCGUCCAAAUCCCUAAAAACCUCAAAAACUAAAAAAAUUCACGAUUUCCAAUGAAAAUCUAAUUUUUUCAGGGUAAAAAAAUAUUUUCGAAAAAAAAAGUCAGUAUACAAAAAACUUUCAUUUUGUCACUAGUUUUCGCUCAAAAAAAAGUUUCAUUCGAUUUGGAGCACGGAGAAAAAAAGUUAGAUUUUUUUCGUAUUUCGGCUAUAGUAAUCCUCAAAAGGGGCGGAGCUUGACAAAACCUUGUUUAAAAGUUUGUAUACAUUUUUAAUUGGUGAGAUAGAAAUAUGAGCUCAAAAAAAGCAACAUGAAUUUUUUGUGCCCACUGUGAAUCGCAUAUCAGAGAACGUAGGUUAAGACGCUGCAAUUUUUUAAAGCUUUUUGGAAAAUUCUAAAAUUCCUUUCCAGCGCCUGGAUUGAAGAAAUCGUCCCGGUGGAGCGGAAUUCGACUUCUACUACCGUCACGUCUUCAGAAGCGUCUUCUUCUGGAGCCGUGCCGAUUCCUGGAAAACCAAAGAAACCCAAAUUAUCAUCUUCAUCAACAGAAACAAUGACGGCCGCAGGGAAUAGAAAGGCGCUGAAAAAAGCCCAACUUUCGAGUAUCAAUGAAGCUACAGGUUCAUCGAUAUCUUUUAGAGAUUGAAAAAAAGUGCGAGGCUUCAGAUUCUCUCCUGCCAGCUCAUCUUCGAAACUUGGAGCGCGAAACGGCGGCCGCGUUGAAUAGGAGCUUCAGAGCUGUGGGAGAAGCCAGCGAAUGGUCGACUAGUUAUCGAGGUAUAGUGGGAAAAAGUAGAUUUCAAAAAAGACUAGAUACAAGAGGCGGCUUUUCAGAUUUUUCAGCCUUUUCAGCAUAUUGAUUCUUGAAAAUAUACUUCUUGAAGAAAUUUUGGGAACUGCCAAAUUUUUGUAAGCUUGAUUUCUCGUCGUAAAAAAUAGAGAAAAAUCUAGACUUCUGGGCAUAUAUUAUUAAUAGGAAUCAGUUAUACAGUACCGCCCAAAAGGUUGUGAACUUUUGGUUUUUCAGGCCUAGCGCCCUGAAAAAUCAACCGAUCCUCAUGAAAUUUUUUCUGGAGAUUCGAAACACUGUUUUAUGAUAUUUUAUAAGUUACCGGAAAAUCCUUAUUUUACAAAAUUUCGAAAAAAUGACACAUAAUUUUUUUGUGAAAUUUUGUGGGUAUGUAUUUUAACCUCACAAAAUGCCCUGCGAAAAUUCUCAGAUUGGUAUCUCUUAUUGGAAGAAAAUGGCCAUUGAACGGUUUUGGAACGGUUUCAAUCAUGAAAUUUCAUUAUUUUUAUCAUAAUUCGUCAAAAAAAUAAUGGCAAAAAACGCUAGCGACAAAAAGAUUCGAACCUUCAUAAUAAGUUUCGCCGCCUACUGCGCUAGCCACUGCACCACGCCCCCAGCUGCUAUGCAAUGACUUGUGCUUCGGACAUAUUCCUUCCGAACAGUGUCACGUGUUUAAGAAAGAAAACUUUAAAAAAUCAUAUCUCCAAAACGAAAAGUUUGCGCAGAUAGCGACUAUGCGGGAUCGAUUCCCAGUCCAUCAAAGAUUUUUUUAGCAAAUUUAUAGAAAAUUCCAAACCCUACGCAAAAAUGACCUUGGAAAAGUAGCCCAAAAAACGUUCACAACCUUUUGGGCGGUACUCUAGGGAUUUCCAAAAAAUAUUGAUUUUUGUAGUUUGUGACCGCGGUAGCGACUCUUCAUCGUCAUCAGAAGACGAGGACGACGCUCCGGGAAAAGUGAAUGGAAGACGUGUUGAGACACUUUUCUCGCCGAUUGGUGCCACUACGUCCAGUGACGAUGAACUGGUGCGAGCUCUCGAACAAUUCAGAACAACUUCUUGAAGUUCAGGACAUCAUGUGGGAAUCUGAGAAGGAGCUGAGCACGGAGGAGUUCGAAGAAGAUGAAGAAGACGUCGACUUUGGCGCCUCAUCGGUUUUGAAGUCCCGCAGUGAGCACACGGACAGCGUCGAGAUCGUCUUCGGGGAUUCUAAAGUGCCGCAGAAUGACGUCAUGUCGAAGAUUCUGGAGGAGAGCGAGGGCGACGUCGCCAACAAACAGGGCCCGGAGCACAUUUAUUUGCUCUUCAUCCAAAUGGAGUAUUGUGAGCGGGGCACAUUAAGGCAGCUAAUCGAUACGAAUUUCUUCGUUGGACAGCCGAUGAACAUUUGGAGGUGAUCUUCUGACCGAUUAAAAAUGUGUCUUUGAUGAAUUUCAGUACCAAAUUCUAGCAUAGUUGAUUCAUCUUUCCAUUUUCGAGCUUCCGAACACCGUUACUUUUUAAAGGCAUAGGGGCAGUAAAAAAAUGGGGUUUCACGUGAAAGCAUCUUAUAUAGUUUUUCUUUGCGAAUCGAACGGUGUACUCAAAAAAAUUAAAGAUGUGACUAAUUUUGAAGAAAAACGCGAUUUUACUUUCCCGCCUUUAAUUUUGAAAAAAGCUUUGGAUCGGUAUGCAGACAACUGUUUACAGUAGCCGAGAACGCGAUGUUGCGGACGUCUCAUUAGACUCGCAUUUUGUGAGAAAUAACCGGAUAUCUGCUUAAAAUCAAGGAUUUCUUCUCUGAAAAGUCGAUUAAGAAAACAGAAAACACACAUUGAUAACUAAGGAAACACAAAUAAUCGCUAUCCCAAUCGAAACCUGUGUGAAAUUAUCAUUUUUCCCCAAAGAAGCAUUUUUGCGAUCAAAGUUUGCUAUCUAUACAUGAAUAGAAAGUUUUUGUGACGAAAAGAACUUUGGUGACAACAGAAAAAAUUAAAAAUUGAAAGAAACGAAGAAAAAAGCGAAAAUGCGAAAAAUGGCGAAGCCUGUUGUCCAUAGAGCAACUUUGCUGCAAAGCGCCCUUUUCGCGGGAACUCAAACUUUCCUCUCUCCGACUUUGAAUUUUUUUCUGCAAAACUAGGAAGUUCGUUACGUUUUCAAGUUCACCGUUCGAUUCGCAAUGAAAAGCUCUAUAAAUUAUUGCUUUGAACUGAAACACCGUUUUUUACAGCCCAUAUGCCUUUAAUGAAUUUCAGUGCCAAACUUGAUCGUUACAGUACCAAAUUCUAGCAUGGUUGAAUCAUUAUUCGAUUUUCGAGCUUCCAAAAUUUUUCCGAACUUUGUAACUUUUCGGUGGUAUGAAAAAAACACCAGCGAAAAUUCAAACGGCGACUUUUCCGAUUUUUUAAUAUCGCUGGGGAACUUUCCGACGGCCACCUUUCCGACGAAUCUUUUUCCGACUUUUUUUCUCGAUAAACUUUUCGUUUUAAAUCUCCCUAUAUAAUUUAGGCAGUUGGUUAAUGAUUAAAACACAAAGAAGUAGAAAAAAAAACAAUGUUUAUAGAUGUUUUAUAAACCGAAAAACUUAAGGGAGAAAAGUCGGAAAGGAAUCCGUCGGAAAAGUGGCCGUCGGAAAGUUCCCUAGCGAUAUGAAAAAAUCGGAAAAGUCGCCGUUCGAACUUUCGCUGGUGGUUUUUUCAUACCACCAACUUUUCAAAUGUAGAGCGUUUACAACGAAAAAGUUUUUUUUGAUUUUUAUUUUUCUCAGGAUCUUCUCGGAGAUCCUCUCCGGCUUGCAGUACAUCCAUCAGCUCAGCAUGAUUCAUCGCGACAUCAAGCCGGUAAGAACUUCAAAAAAGAAAAAUAAUAUUUUUUUCCAAAUUUUUCAGAUGAAUAUAUUCUUGGAUGGUCAUCAAAGUGUAAAAAAAUUGGAGAUUUCGGAUUAGCGACCAGAGAAUUUUUACUCAAUCGCAAACGAGUGGCUGACGUGAGCAUGAGCAUGGAGGGCGACACGGCGAAGAAAAAUAAUGGAUCGGGUUGGAAUUUUCGGAUAGAUGGAACGUGUUUUUGAGAUAUGAAAAAAAUUUAAUUUUUUUCAUAAAUUCAUUUCGAAACCAAGAAAGGUGUUAAUAAUAAUAAUAAUAAUAUUUAUUCACAGGCAGAGAAAAAUAAAAUGUACAAAAAUGAUUUUUGAAAGAAAAGAAAAAAAUUUGACAAUGAAGCCGGAAAUAAAUAAAUAUAGCCGAUUCACGGCUGACUUGGGGCGUGACCUGUCUGCGCUCUCCACCAACCAAGCACUAUCUCUUCUUUUAUCGUGUCAGAACCCAUUUUUGAUGGCUCAAGCCAACCGUGAAUCAGCUAUAAAAGGCGAUUGAGGCCCUCACGAGCCUCUGAGCCAGUGAAAGAGAUUUUGAGGUGAAUAUUAGAAGGCACAAAGUUGAAUAGAAAAAUGUUCUGAGAUAUUAAUUUCACGACAUUCUGAAGCACCGAAAAAUUAAAUUAUUCUAGCUCAAACUCGAGACAUCGGAACGGAGCUUUAUAUGGCUCCUGAGCUCUUCGAUUGCUCCGCAAAAACACCGUACACUGCUAAAAUCGAUGUUUUCAGGUUGGUUUUUGGUUUCUUGAAAAUGAGCCGAGAAAAAUAGCCACGGAAAAUUAGCCUUAUAGAAAGACUUGGCUGACGCCAGGCUCACUCAUUCCAUGUAUGAGUAGGAUUUUGUGACUUAAAAAUUCCUUGAGCCUAAUAAAAUUUAUUUUUUCAGUGCUGGAGUUGUCCUUUUCGAAAUGUUCUACCGUCCAUUGUUACCUGGAAUGGAGCGAAUGUCGACCCUAAACACCUUGAAAAAAGAUUUGAGGAUUCCCGAGGAUUUUGGCCGGAAUUUCAGCAAUCAUCAUGUUUGGAUCGAAAUUUUCUGCUUAUGGAAAUUCCGGAGUUUCAGACAGAAGUGGCACGGAGAUUGAUUGAAUCCAUGCUUGAUAAGGAUCCCGAAAAAAGGCCCACAGUCAGUAACCUUCUUAACGAUGACAGCUUGCCGAGUAAUGAGACUGAGGAUGAGAAUUUCAAGGUGAAACAUCAAAAGAAGUGAGGGAAAAUGAAUAUUUGUUCUAGAAGCAGUUUGCGAAGGUUUUCAAGCGAAGGAAUGGGCGACUUUUCAGCUGGGCCAUGGACACGAUGUUCAGCGAGGAGGUCUUCUCUGUUACCAAUUAUUACUUCGAUCGGGAUGUUUGUCAGGUUGGUGAAAUAAUCUGGAAAACUAAGGGUUCUUAACGUCGAUUAGACCAAAAAAGCAAGCAAAAAGGUUGUCCGGAAAAUUUUUCUAGUGGUAAACCAAACCAUUAGGGUGUUCCAUAAAUCUUUGUCAAAACAUUUCUUGGAGGUGAAAGCAGUGUACUAGGGUAUCAUUUCAGUGAACAAUUUCAAUCACGUCAACAUCCCAGUGCAAUGAAAAAAUUCCAUAGACUUAUUUUCCUUUAUUCGGCCUUGCACGCUCAAAUACGUCUUCUUUGAACCUCUACCCCUUCCACCUAAGCAAGCUUUUGAAAUCAAUUUUUUUACAAAAAAAGACAUGAGACCCUCAACUACCUCAAAACAGAAAACAUGACAUGUCCAUGAAUUGCCUGAGCCCCAUACACACCGAGAGAGGAAAAUUUGGAAAAACUAUCAUUUUGGUAUGUCUCAGCUGGCCUAGUUCAUUGCGAGUAGUUACUGUUUGAAGUCAGGUGAAUCAACAAGCCUUAGGGCUACACAACUACAGGUUCUCGAAAUCGAAGCUUAUCUGCUGACUUUUUGGAACACAAUCUUCGGUAUCAUGUGAGGAAAAAGUCACUCAUGAAAAAUUUCUAAACUUUUUCCUGCCCUUGGGCUGAGCGUAUUCAGCCAGGUUAUUUUUUCAACAUGUAGUGGUGGCAUCCCUAUAUAUAACUAUAACUAUCCCAGAGUAGUUGAACUUAUCUGUAAUGGAAAAAAAAUUCAUCUCGCAGAACCAUAUUGAACACGGGUUGGUCACAUUGUUCAAAGCGAAACUGGCGGGCAUUAGGGAGAGAUGAAUAAGUAGUGUGUCCAAUCGCUAGAUCACUACUGUGGACAUCAAGGGACAGAAGCUCACUGACCCAUGAUUUUCCGUUAAUAUGAAAAAAACGGAUAUUUUCAAAAAUCAAAAGUGCACAAAGACUUAUGGAACACCCUAAUAUAAACAGAAAAAAAACAUCCGAAAAUUGGUCAAAUUUUAAAUCAAUAGUUUACCGUGGUAUAUUUUUAAAACGGGGAUUCUCAAUCUUCGGCUUUUAACUCCGUUCAGAUUUUGAAUGUCAAGUAAAAUGACGUCAUUCGAAAACUUUGGUUUCGCCAUGAGGGGCGGAGCUUGAGGGAGGGACUUUCAAAAUCUGAACAGACUAUACAAUAUUUUUCGUCAGAUAGCUGAUACGAAACUUUUAGGAGCGCUUCCAAUUGGGUCGUGACAGCGUCAUAGAAGAAAUCCGUUCGGAAAUCUCCACCGUUCUUCGAGCUCACGCCUAUGAACUUCUCCACAUGCACACGCUGGUUCCAGCUCCCACUGCUAGGGCCGCGGCCCCUGUCCGACUCAAACCAGUGGAGCUUCUCGACCCCUCAGGCCUACCUCUGGCCCUUCCCAUGGACCUCCGUCAGAACUUUGUCCGAUACUGUGCUAGAAAUGCGGUUAAUCGCUUUAAGCGCUACAACUUUGGACGGGUCUACUCGACUGACGAGACUAGAAGUGAGUCUUCUGACUAUGAACAAGGACUCGAACUUUGACCUAUUGUGAAUUUUGAGCUUCGAAAAAUUUGAGUUUUGAUAUUUAAGUUAGUUUUUUGUUUUUUAAUAAGUUAGAAUUUUUUCGCCUUUUAUUGCCUUCUAUUGAUCGAAGUGUGGACCACACGUUUUCCAGGAGGUCUUAUGCAAUCAUUCAUCCAGUGUUAUCGUCCUGGUUGACUGGUAUUCUUGCGAAAAAAAGUCCCAUCCACGGUGUUGCACGUGUUAUAGCAUAAUUAUGGUCUGAUUAUCCUUUUUGCCUUGCCAGGGCUAAAAAAGACCGCCCAUUCUGUUAGCAGAAGCAAGCCGAACUGUGUGACCGGUGUACCGUUAGCCGUCAUAACUGGCGUUGCCUCCCCAUCCCCGCGUAGAGGUGGUACUUGAAGGGGAAUACAAAGUUCACGUCAAAAAUUGGCAGCGCCUGAAAGACAAAAUUAAUUCUGAAAUAUUGGCAGCGCCUGAAAAACAAAGUUUAUGUUCAAAAUUGGCAGCGCCCAAGAUUUCUUUAAAUUAAAAAAUGGCAGCGCCUGAAAUCGAAAAAAUUUGAACCUUCGUUAUGGUUAGCAGCGCCUCUGACUGUCUAUUUGGGAUAGAAAUGGGAUUUCUUGCAAAAAAAGGAAUUCUCAGACCUGAAUGAACAACCUUGAUAUGGGAAAAAUUAUUCGAGAAUAAUAUUUCAUUCAUAAGUUCUGUUAGAAAAUAGGAACAACAAUAUCGGUUUUUAAAAAUCAUAAUUUGAGUACUCAACAACACCCACCCUUACGAACGAUGGGAGUGCAGCGUCGACAGCAUCGGACCUCAAACGUCAUCCACGACGUUGGAGGCCGAGCUCCUGCUCACGGCCUGCCAGAUCGUCGCGGCGACCUUGAAAAACGUCAAGGCUACUUUGAAGUGAGAAGAAAUGACUUUAUUCACGUCAUAUCUUCUAUAGAAUCGGCCACAUCAACAUUAUCGAAGCGGCGAUGCGUCAUCUUUCCAUUCCUGACGAUGCCCGGUCCUCCAUCCUCACCUCCCUUCACUGCAUGUCCACUGGAGAUAGUUGGCCUUCCCGACGUCUUCUGAACGUCAUAUUCUUUUUCAGAAGUCUUAUCUCACACGGAGAAAGUCGCACAGUUGGCUGAAGUCGUCGGCAUGAGAAAUGCGGCACCGCUUUUUGGAAUGCUACCUGUGGAGUCUAGCUUGGCCAAGUUCAAGGGGAGUGGUUUCAAUUUUUAGGAUAUCACAAAAAAAAAAUGGUAGUGUUAAGUAGAGUUAAUUCACCUAGACUUAAAGGCAUAGGGGCAGUAAAAAACGAGGUUUCAGGUGAAAUCUCAUAUAGUUUUUCUUUGCGAAUCGAACUGUGCUAUCAAAAAAUUACAGAUUUGACUAAUUUUGAAGAAAAACGCGGUUUUACUUUCCCGUCUUUAAUUUUGAAAAAUGCUUUGGAUCGGUGUACGGACAACUGUUUACUGUGCACGCGAUGUUGCGGACGUUUCAUUAGACUCGCAUUUUGUGAGAAAUAACCGGAUAUCUGCUUCAAAUUAAGGGUUUCUUUCCUGAAAAAUCGAUCAAGAAAACAGAAAACACACAUUGAUAAUAAAGAAAACACAAAUAAUCGCUAUCCCAAUCGAAACCUGUGUAAAAUCAUCAUUUUUCACCAGAAAAGCUUUUUUGCGAUCAAAGUUUGCAAAUCAUACAUGAAUAAAAAGUUUUUGUGACGAAAAGAACUUUGGUGACAUCAAAAAAAAUAGGAAUUUGAAAGAAACGAAGAAAAAAGCGAAAAUCCGAAAAAUGGCGAACCCUGUUGUCCAUGGAGCAACUUUACUGCAAAGUGCCCUUUUCGCGCGAACUCAAACUUUCCUUUCUCCGACUUUAAAAUAUUGUUUCUCCAAAACUAGGAAGUUCGGUACGUUUUCAAGUUUACCGUUCGAUUCGCAGUGAAAAUCUCUACAAAGUGCUGCUUUGAACUGAAACACCGUUUUUUACUGUCCCUAUGCCGUUAAGUAGAGUCCAUCUACCUAGAAUUGAAAAUUUUUCGAUCGUCCUUAAAAUUAAACUUGAGCCGCAGCGCGCUGAGCCAUUCCCAUUGCGACUAAAAGCUUCCUGUUAUAAAGGAAUGAAAAUCUUCAGGAGGCCUGCAAAUACCUCUCCAAGUCCCGCGACGAAAAUGUCAGCACGACCAUUCGCAGAGUACUGGAAGAACUGGAAAUGGCGUCAGAGAUUUUGGCUAUCGGUUCUUAUUUCCUUUUCAACUGAUCUUCAAAUUUUGAAUGUUUAGGCAUGGACGAAUCCACCCGCUCUUGUGUCGAAAUCAUCUACGACUCGACGACGUGCUACCGACCGACGACCUUCGGAGAUGGCUUAGUUUUUCAGCUUUUCGUCGAAGUUCCACGCAAAAAGGCGGGAAGCUCGAGACAGGUCUGCGUCCUGGCUGGAGGUUCAGAACUUGACAGUUUCUGGUCAAACGAUGAAAAUAUAGGGCGAUACGAUUCUCUGCUCCUCCGGGAACGCCAUCCAAGAGAUAUUGUACCGGCGCUUCCUAGAUUCAUGGCCGGAUUUGCUGUUUCCUUGGACGUGAUGGCUCAAAUUCGGAAGAUUAUCCAUAUCGGUACGGUUAAUUGCUGGUUGGUCGUAUGGGUAAUGGCUCAGACGCCUUGAGCCAUUCUACAUGCGUCCAGGGUGCUACGAAAAAAGCGAGUUUUCCAUUUGCGGGGAGUACUGUAUGCGGAUAUAGUGCAUACACUUUCGUUGCGUGACGUCACCGGGUCGGACGUCUCCGGGCUUUUUUUCUUAGAUAUUAUUCAAUUUUUUUUGAUACUGUUUUUUUAUCGUGCAAAUAUCAUCGAGAAAAAUGCAAAUCUUGAAAAAAGCAAAAAAAUAUUCGAAAAAAAAACCCGGAGAUCACAGCAGUUCAAACCUACUGGGACCCGUCCGGUUUGCACUGCGCCGUCUCCGCUGGCCAUACUAGACCAUUUUCAAUCAUUUUUUUCUAUUUAUUAAAAUGAACAAAGCUGUUUCCGACAAUAAUAGAUAAAAAAAAGUGCAAAAAAAAAUCUUUUUACUUACUAAAUCCCCAAAUUAGGCCAUUUUUUAAGACUUGCUAGCGUUUGGAAAAACUUAAUGUUUGAAACUCAAAUUCUACUUGCGUUUUUCUUCAAAUUUGUUCAUUUUUUCGUACAAAAAAACUCGUUAUUAACGAAGAUAUCGCUCAAAAAACGCGAUUGGUGUAUGCACAAUUUGAACCUACAGUGUGCCAAACCGGACGGGCUGAGCAGAUGUGAGAUGUCCUACCCGGUGACGUCAUGCAACGAAAGUGUAUGCACGCAAUGCGCAUAUCCGCAUACAGUACUCCUCGCAAAUGGAAAACUCGCUCUUGUCCUAGCACCGCGUCCAGACGGCUUCGAAAUAACAAAAAAAUAUAGUUAAUUUACAUCAGACAAGAAGACAUCGUCCUGCUCGGCACUGGUCUGCUCAUUCCGAGAUUCACUCCUCCGAGAGAAAUUCCGCUUGGCCAAUAUGCUAUGGUCGAGAAAUGUUGCUACUGAUGUUCUUCAUGAGCCCGUCGAUUCUCUCGCCGAACUGAUUGUUGGUCGAAAAGUUUGAUUAUGAAGGAAAAUGUAUGAUUUGAGGAACAUUGCGACCGAAAAUCAAUCUCAGAUCUUCUCGUAGUGUUCAGCGCCCAUGAGAUCUUUUUACGUCACAAUGGCACCGAUUUGGGCAAAGUUAGUUUAAUCUACUUUUUUUAAUUCCUAUUUCGUUCAAAACGGACUAAAAGUGGUGAACUUAAAAUUUUCGGCAAGCCUAGGCGCUGCCAAAUCCGGAGACAUUGGGAAAAUUUUACGUGGCCACUAUAGAGGCUCGUCAAGGACUACUUGGAGAGGACACUAAAGUGGCCACUAAACCCACCUCUUUAGUGGCCACUUCAGUAGUUUUUCAUCCAGUAUUCCUUCCAGUAAUUUUGAUAAUUUUAAAACAAGCAGAUUGGACCAGUUAUGUUGAUCCAUUGAUCCCUAAAGUGGCCACAAAAAUUUGUAGUAGUCUAGUAAUAGCACUCAUACCUCUAUAGUGGCCACUAAUUUUUUAACCCCUUAAGUGGCCACUAUAGAGGCUUGCCAAGGAUACUUGAAGAGGACACUAGAGUGGCCACUAAACCCACCUCUGGCCACUAUUUUUCGUUUUAGGGGCCACUUCAGUAGUUUUUCAUCCAGUAACUCUGAUAAUUUGAAAACAAACAGAUUGGACCAGUUAUGUUGAUCCAUUGACCCCUAAAGUGGCCACAAAAAUUUUUAGUAGUCUAGUAGUAGCACUCUAUAGUGGCCACUGAUUUUUAACCCCUUAAAUGGCCACUAAUUUGACUACUAUAGUGGUCACUAAAACUUCAAAACCCUAUAGUGGCCACUAAAAUUUUUAGUGAUCUGGUAGUAGCACUCAGACCUCUAUAGUGGUCACUAAUUUUUAACCCCUCAAGUGGCCACUAAUUUGACUACUAUGGCGGUCACUAAAAAAUCAAAACUCUAUAGUGGCCACUAAUUUUUAACCCCUCAAGUGGCCACUAAUUUGACUACUAUAGUGGCCACUAAACAACAAAACCCUAUAGUGGCCACUAAUUUGACUACUAUAGUGGUCACUGAAACGUCAAACUUUUGAGGGGCUGUCAAAUUUUUUUCAGAAGCUUUUGCAAAAAUAAGGAAGCUUCUUUAUAACAUCUUGCAUUCCUAUCAGAUCGACAUGGAACGAGCUGUUCAACAUGUCACCGCCUCUGCCGCAAUCGCCACGACGCCAGGACCUCAGAGAGGUGACCGAGAUGAGGAUCAUUCUAACAUCCUUUCGACGCCCCUCACAUCGUCAAGGUUUUAUCCAAAAAAUAUAUAAAUAAACAAGAAAAAUGGGAAAUUUUAGGAGCAGCUCCUCUCUGAUGCCGUCUUGUGCCUCUGCAACCAUUGCCAAUUUGAAUAUUUCUUUUGCUUUGACGGAGAGACUCGGCUUCAAUAUUAAGAAACGAAUUGAAGUACAGAAAAAUUAAGAUUCCAAGGUCAAGGUGUUCAUUUAGGCAUCUGUGAAAACUCAUAUUGCUGACCAACUGGCGGUUUUCGGACCGAGGACCAGGGUCGAAGUCAUUGUCUGCGAGUUGAUUGAUGAGCUGUUCAAGAGCAUCGUCUUCGAACUGUCGAACAACUUCACGAAGCAGAAAGUGAGUGAAUAAGAGCAAAUAGCCUAUUGAUGAGUGGUAAAACAGAAAAUUUGAAAUAUUUUGGUUUUUGGCAUACAAGACGAUGAUUUUGAUACUUACCUUAAGGCCUAUUUAUUUUUUAAAAACGCUGAAAAAUAAAAAAAAAGAUUGUUCUUUCGCUCCAGUAACUUCUCGAAUUUUCGCUAGAGCUAUUUUCACUGUACCAUUUGAAGAACUUCGAUUAUGCUUUGAGAAACUUAUUAUAGGAUCUAGCGACCUUUUUAAUGUUUGGAAAUAAACUAAAGGGCCGUCUUUUUUUAUGGAAUGAUUAUACAUUUUUAUGUCUUGGAAUUGGCAGCGCCUCUCAACUUUCUUUAACUUUUCUUGGCACAAAAUGGCAGCGCCUCUUAAUUUUUUUUUCGAACUUGGCUUGGCACGAAAUGGCAGCGCCGAUGCUGACAGACAUUUUGAAAGCUUCAAUUAAAAUCCUUUAUCAUACUACUUUAAAACUUCAUCGUUUUUUUGAAGAAAAAAUAUUGGCAAAAAUAAACUUCACCAAAAAGGACUCGAACCUGCGUCAUAGGUUCCAUAGCGCUAGACCGCUAACCACUACACCACGCCACCUGCUGGCAGCUCGAGUUAGGCGCCGCAAGACAUUCCCUCCUUCCAUCCAACGCAUUUUUCGCGUGCAAGCUUUGAGACGCCAUAACUCGACUAGAACCAAAAAGGCGCACUUUUUUUCAAUUUCUUUGAAUUCAGGGUGUCCGAAAGUACCUAUUUACCAAGUCUCAUUAUAUUCCAAUACCUCGACCUUUUGCACUUCCCGUGUGUAAGAGGAAAAAAGAAGUUUCUUUCCAGACGGAGAUGCUGAUAGGACAACUGGCCCGACAGCACGGCAAGUCGAAGCAGGACCUUGAAGCCGUGGGAUCUCAGUUGGUCCACGCAAUCCAGCACCAAACCUCGUUGAACCACCAAAUUGUCGUCCUCUAUCGCCACACUGACCACUUUUUCCGACUCAUUCUUUGA